GAUAUCAUGCCUAGAGUCAGAGAAUAUCAACCAGAUCAAACCUGGUGUGAGAUUGAUGGUAUUAACGUGCACGCAACCAUCGCUCGGAUGAAGUAGCUCUUCUACUCAGAGAGUUGCAGGUUCGCCGGCAUCAAGUGGGCUAUUCAGAGGAUCGAAGCAGGCUACACGAUUUACUGCCCUGUUAAUGGGUGCAAUGGCCGUGUCGGCAUCUUCGACCAUGAGUUCAGAAACGUCCAAAAAGGUACGCACAGCGGUUUCGCCCACGACAAGGAACUUCAUGCUGUUUUCCUGGCAUGGAACUGUCACCACGACGACAUCUCCGUGGAAUGGAGACGUGUUGAGGAAAAACCAAAAGAUAUGACUUCUCUCCGUCUGCUCCAGGUCGCUAAGGAUGAUCCAGUAUUCGCUCAAUACUCCAAACUUAAAUUUGGCCUGUUCGAAGCAGAUCUUGACGAAAACGAUGAGGUUGAUGAGUCCGAUGAUCGUAAGGCCAAGAGGAGCUGUGCCACUACUGAAGAACCCGUUGGCUACAAGGAUCAACUUCUACAGCAACUUCUUGCAGCGAACCAAGGAUUGCGCGAAACUUUGGCUACUAGACCCUCGCCACUUCAUAUCUCUCAAAACCCUCAGAUUCCUGCCGCAGCAUCCCCCAUGGCUACUAUACCCUCACCACCUUAUCUCCCUCAAAACCCUCACAUUCCUGCCGCAGCACCCUUCAUGGCUACUAGACCCUCACCACUUCAUAUCCCUCAGAAUCCUCCGGUCCCUGCCGCAGCACCCCCUACACAAUAUUCUCCUAACAUGAGUCUCGAUAGUCCGUAUAACCAGAACGGCGGUUCUUCCAGCUCCAGUGGUAGUAGCGGUGGCGGCGGUGGUGGUGGCCCUCCCAAGCAAAUCGUUUGCACCUAUUGCAACAAGCGAGGCCACAUUGCACCUGACUGCCGCUACAACCCUGAUAGUAACAACUACCAGGGAAAUAACAACAACAACAACAACAGCAACAACAAUGGCUAUCAAAACACUGCGUAUGCUCAGAGAGAUUAUGGUACUCGAGGCGGUCGAGUUGAUCGAGGUGGUCGUGGCGGCCGUGGUUACCGCGGCGGUGGUCGAGGAGGUAUGCAAAAGCGGUACAACACGGCUUGGAACGGCUACAACCAGGCUCAAUAUAAGAAUAUCCAAGGUGGAAAUAACAAUCCAGGUGGAAAGAAGCAAAAAGCUAACCAAAGGAGAAACAACUCCCAAGGCGGAAAAAAGAACCCAGAAGGAAACAAUCAAGGUACCAAGGAGGAUAAUGAGAUCCUCUAGAUUCAUAGAUCAGAAUACACGCUGGCAAAUAUUCAACCGUAUUUCCCG